GUUGUUUUCAGAAUCUAUUUUAAUUCUACUUCCGGAAAAUAUUGGUGUUGUUGGGCACUUCCUGUCAAAAGUGUAUCUAUAUUUACCUAUUUACGUGACAAAGUCGAGAUAAAUUGGUAGUGCUAUAUACAAUUUAAGUAGUAUACUCAAACAGUAAAGAAAAUGUCGGCAAAAACUGGCCAGCCAUCUAUUGUAGAUGACUUCAUGUAUGGGACCAAUGUUGCAACAGCCCAUGUGUCAAUCAGGCUUGGGUUUCUGAGAAAGGUUUAUGGAAUUGUUACUGCACAACUUUUAGUUACCACACUUGUUAGCUUUGCUUGUUACAUCAAUGAGGACUUCAACUUUUACCUCUCAAAAAAUCCAUCAGUGAUGUUAAUUGCCUUUAUUGGGACGCUUGGUACUCUGUUUGCACUGAUGGUCAAAAGACAAGAGACCCCUACAAACUAUAUUCUACUGGCAGUUUUUACAGUGUUGGAAAGUCUCACUGUAGGAGUGGUUGUGGCUAAGUAUGAUAAAAUGGUAGUGAUAGAAGCACUGGCUCUGACACUAGCAGUCACUGUAGCCCUGACAGUUUACACACUACAAAGUAAAAGGGACUUCAGCUCAUGGGGUGCAGGAUUGUUUGCUUGUCUCUGGGUAUUGAUCUUGGCUAUGCUUAUUCAGAUACUCAUCCCUGUGGACAUUGUUGACAGAUUGAUCUCGGCAGGUGGCGCUAUUUUGUUCUCCAUGUUUAUCGUGUUUGACACCCAUAUGAUGAUGCACAAGCUUUCGGCGGAAGAAUACAUCAUGGCCGCCAUUAACCUGUAUCUCGACAUCCUCAACUUGUUCCUUCACAUACUACGUCUGCUUGGAGACCGAAAAAACUAACCGUUUCGAAAUGAGUUCAUCUUGGUUUAACUUUGCAAUGAAAUCUUGUUUUAAAAAUAGACUUUUUGAUAACAAUUUUAGUGUAACAUAAUGUUUAAGAAAGUAUAAACGAAUACAUAUAUAAGUAAAUAUCCUGGUAUUAUAGUUUAAGUAAGAAGAUUUGGUUGAAGAAUCUCAUUAGUUAAAAGAAAUAAUGGAAAUCAAAUUGGAAAAUUAUUGACAGAAUAAUAGAAAAAUAUUGAAGAAUGACGGCCAUUUUAUAGAAUGAAUUUUUUUGCAGAAAUUUUUCAAGCAUCAAUGUUUAUUGCGGGUUUUUUAACCCUUAACCUGCUGGAAUUAAAAAUUAUCAGCCUUUGACCUCAUGUCAAUAGCCAGUCUCAGCUUUAAAAACUUUUCCUUUUUGUUUACUUAUUUUAUGUUGAAAUCCCUAAAAUUGAUAAUGGACAGUUCCAAAAAUAAAAGUUUGACAAGUUCAUUCAACAAAUUAAGCAGGUUAAAGAGAUAUGUUUAGGAUUCAUUAGAUGGUUUUAAAACUUAUUUUAUUGUUACACUGUGAUAACUAUGGAAACUUUUUGCUUUGGUUGAAUUUUUACUAUUUCUCAUUGCAUAGUGAAAUAUUCUAAAUAUUUUUUACAAGCAAUAUAUACAGUUGCCAUGAAAUAUGAAAAUUAUCUUUUCAAAGUAAAGAAUAUAUUAUAUUUACAAAAAGCAACCAAAGUUUCCUUUUCAUUAUGUUAUUUUAUGAAAAACAGUAAAAUUUCAUUGUGCAGUGAGCCAUAUCAAUUAUAUUUUACCAAUGAAAAUAAACUAUUUCAUUGAUUAACAUAAGAUAAAAAAAACAUGCCCAUUUUAAAGGGUGCCUGUAAUUUGUAGUUCAAACAAUCUUAUUGUUUUGGGAAGUUUUGUAGAAAUAGAUUAAUUGUAUAUAUAUUCUUAACUAGCCAAGAAAACUUGCAUAAUGAUUAUUCUGGUUUAUUUAAGUUUUGCUUAAGAUUUUCUGUUUUUAUUUGUGAAAAACGUAAGCUUUUAACUUAGAUUUAGUAUUUCUAUGCUUGCUUGAUAAUUUAUUUAUCACCUGAUAUUGUUGUCACUUUUUGUGUUUUAAAUUUUAUAUAAAUGAGAUAUUAAUAUUGUUAUUUACUUAUAUUUACUGUCAAAUAUAGCGCAACUUUGAAUAGAAUAUAGAAUUUGAUAAAUUCAAAAUUCAAAUGAAACUGUUCUGUACGUUGUACUGAAAGUUCUUACGAGUCAUGAAAAAAAAUAAUUCUGAAUCACCAAUUUUCCAUUAUUUGUAUUAUGAAUAUUGUACUGGAAUUUAUUGAAGAAAAUAUUAUUAUUAAACUUCUAACAUGUAUGUUUUAACAUUAAAACUUCAUAAUGUUAAUUUUGAGGAAUAUAGUUGUCAAAAAAUGUACACUGCAGAAGUUGAUAAUUAUUGAUACAGGUAAAACAAAUUUUGUUGUCCGUAUGAAAACAUAAGAAAGUUUAUCAAAUCAUAUUCUUAAUGAAAAAUUGUGUUGUGAAGAUAUCUACAGUGAUUUUAAUAGAUGUCUUACAUGAAUUUACCUUUAAUAAAAAUAAAGAAUGUUUUUUUCUACAAUUAACAUUCCGAGGCAAGAAAAAUGUGCCAUAGUGUAAAAAAAAUUGGAUGUCAUGUUUAGCAGGUCUCUGAAGAAAAAGUCAAGAUUUUAUGAUCGUUGCUUCGUUGUCAUGCAUAAACUUUAUUGUAGCCCAUUAUUCAAACAUUAUAAAAGUUAUCAGCUUAAAUCUUGGAAUACUUAUUUAUCAGGACAAAGUUCAUUUGUUAGACAAAGGACAUAAUUCUAAAAGCUAUAUUUUUCACUUGUGCCCCUAUUUAACUUUUUGUCAAAAUUGGUUGCCCCUUAACAGACGAGAAUUCACACCACAUGUGGGGCUCUUGUAUAAAACCUGCACUCUUUAUUAACAAAAAGAUUAUGCUUUAUUUAUGUUAAAAUUUAUGUUAAAUUGUUUUGUUUUAGCAUGUGUCGAAGCGACAUAAAGGCAAAUCCAUCAGGUUAACCAGUAUUACAUGGUUUACAGCCUCGGCUUGGCUUGCAAUUAUGCAAUAUUGCAUACCUAAAUCAUAAAUUCUCUUUGCCACUUAUGUGACUUUGGGAAAUGGUAUUUCUUUGCUGUGCAUGAAUUUUGAUAUGAUUUUAUUAAUUUUUUAAAAUGAAGACAUGUUUAAUGUUAGCAUUACACUAAGAUCAGGUUAAUGAAAAAUUAUAAUUUUUUAUAUGGGAAACAAAUCAUAUUUUUAUUUAUGUGAUAAAUAGAAUAUUAUUUUAUCACACACCCGUGCCGAUUUUGCGACUCCGUAAAUAUGGUAUUGCACGGCCGUGCAUAUAUUUUGACGUGACGUCAUUAGCGUUAACAAACAUAGUGUAAAGACGCGCUAAAUGUUAGCGUUAAACUAUAGGCGCGUCAAUGAAAAAUGACUCUUAUUUCACUUUAAACUGUCUUUAUUUUGAGUAUGUGAUAAAUAGAAUAUUAAAUUCGUGUAAGUUCAUUACUGAAUUUAUUGCACUCGUUGAAUAAAAUAAUAUUAUGCUCGCCAGAGGCUCGCAUAAUAUAAUUUUAUUCAACUCGUGCAAUAAAUUCAGUAUUGAACUUACACUCAUUCAAUAUCCUCUAUGUAUUCAGUCAUUGAGCUUCAUUACUGACUAGUUUAUCUGACUUGUUGAAUAAAGUAAUAUAACUUGCCUGAAGUGCACAUAAUAUAGUUCUUUUCAACUUGUUCAAUAAAUUCAGUAUUGAACGUACAGUCAUUCAAUAUCAUAUGCUGAUUGGUCUAAAUUGUAAUUCUACAGUGAUUAUUGCAGGGAUAUCUAGUUUAUAUGACUUUGAUUUAAAUCGUGAAAAAACUUUUUGGUAGGGGUAACCACAGUAUAAUAUACAUGUGACAUUGUAGUUUUUACAGGCCCAUUAUGCCUCAGAAAUGCUAUCAUUUUUAUUUCUU